AUGGGCAAUCUUAUCAGGGACCCCAGAACAAGCAAGGACCACGGGGGGGACCGGCUGGAGACGAUGGAGUUGCUGACGUUGUCGCUGGUCUGCAUUCGUCCGCGCCGCCGUGCUGGUACCAAGGACCAAGGACCAAGGACCGACAACAACGGGCUCUUGGGUCACGGGCGCCGCACGCCGCAGAUUAAGAGCAUCAGCUAUAGCCAGGACGUUUAUCCCAAAGGGGAUGUGGAGACCGAAGCAGCAUCUGAUGACAACCGAAUGCCGAAUCGGCGGAUGGAAGCGAUCGGCUCCGUACUUUGUACUCUGGCUUGA